GGAGCAGGUGGACGAGUGGUGUCUUGCCAACUCUUCGGUACACGCAGAUAUUUCCUUCCUUCCCUUCCCUUCCCUCCCCCCCCCUCCCCUCUCCUUCAUCACUCCCAAUGCCCCCGCUUCUCUCUGCUUCUUAACACAACAGCUCUUCACCAAAUUAACCCCCCAAAAAAAACAAAACAAAAAUAAGCUUCCUUUCCAGAGCCCCUGCUCUCUCGAAUCUCGAUCUCCAACCCAAAAUAUUUCAUCAAACCAAAACUUAUCUUUCAAUUCAUUAUUAUUAUUAUUAUUAUUAAAACUUACAUUUUGUUCGUCUGUAAUUUAUGCCAAUGGCUCACCAAACUUCUGAUCGAAUGACCUCUACUGACUCGGCAGAGGUUUUCAACGUUAUGGUUCUGGAUAGCAACAUCCUUUCUAACCCGAACGCUUUGACUAAUAAGGAUUUGAUAGCUGUUGGUUCCUUGAGGGAUGGUUCAUCCCAUCAGUCGGGAUUCAUGCCAUCUGUUGUUGAGUCCACGACAACCUAUUUGCCGAAUGCCUAUUCUCCUGAGGCACAGUUCCAUCAAGAAGAUUCCACUGAAGGUGAUUCUAAAUUGGAUGUGAGGCAUGACAUGCAAUUUUAUGGGCUACGGUUGCUUAGGCAGCUAGUUAGCACGGUUGUGGCUGGCAGAAUAAGCUUUUUGUAUGGCACAUUAUGCUCUUUCUUACUUUGCUCAUUACUCAUGAAGUUUUCUCUAUGCUUUUGGAAUGCAGCUCAUAAACAGAGUUCAUUGCUUCCAUAUGUUAAUGCUGAGGGUUUGGACAAUGGUUUUCAUGACAUUUACAAUGAAACUGCAUCUCUUGGGUUUCAUGGUCUUGGGCAUAGUCCACAAAUGCAACAAAGAGCUUAUGCUCCGGUUUCAUCUUAUCUGCCUCCUGUUGGGGAUCCUAUCGGGCUGUCCAAUGCAAGGCAUUUCAUCACCAUAGAUUCAUCUUAUCACCAGCCAUCAGUUUCCCGAAAUAUUCCACAUGUUACUUCAAAGGCCCAGUUUUCUCAUUUAGAGUGUCCUGUAAAUAUUGAGCAACAAUUGGUUGGAAAAAGAUUUGGGCUGGGAACCAAUUACCUUCCUCAGUCAGGAUCAUUUGAUGGAGGAAGAAACUUCUUUGGAAGCUCCAGCAGUCUUUGCUCUUCAUACCAAGGGUCUGAUGGUUUUGCGGUUGGUGGAUUCUGCUCAGACUGGUCAAAGCCUUUUAGUGGGAAGAGUUCUCUGUUUCGUCCCUCAUAUGCACCAGCUUCUCCAAAACGGGUUGGUUCACUAGAGUUUUCUUCAAACGACCCUGCAAUGGUUUCUUUUCAAAAAGGGCCAUUUAAUGGGUUUGGUUGUACUAGCUCCAGCUCUAGAGGCUACAGUGGUAGCAAAAGUGAUCAACGUUCUUGUCAUGGCAGUGUCUCUACUAAUAGUUUAGGAAUAAGUGGUCAUAACUGGCCUACGCUUGCUGAAGCAAGACAAGGAGGGAGCUGCAAUGACUUCUCCUGCAGUUGUACUGUAACGCUUGAUACACUAAGUGAGCGUAAUAGGGGACCUAGGGCAUUUAAGCCGAAAACACAGAUAACUACGAAGGGUUUUAUUGUUGAUAGCAGCAAGAAUGGCACAAUUAAUGGCAUUACCAAUGGAUCCUACAACCGACAGAAUUUUGUCACUGAUUAUGAGGGUGCCAAGUUCUUUGUGAUAAAAUCUUAUAGUGAAGAUAAUGUUCACAAGAGCAUUAAGUAUGGUGUCUGGGCAAGCACUCCUAUUGGCAACAAAAAAUUAGAUACUGCUUAUCAUGAGGCAAAAGCUAAACAAGGAACAUGCCCUGUCUUUCUCUUAUUUUCGGUCAAUGCUAGCGCUCAGUUUUGUGGAGUGGCUGAGAUGGUGGGACCUGUUGACUUUGAUAAAAGUGUGGAUUAUUGGCUUCAGAAUAAGUGGUCUGGGCAAUUCCCUGUAAAGUGGCACAUUAUUAAAGAUGUCCCCAAUAGUCAGUUCCGCCACAUUCUACUAAAAAGUAAUGACAACAAGCCUGUUACUAACAGUAGAGAUACUCAAGAGGUGGAGUUUGAACAGGGCAUUGAGAUGAUAAACAUUUUCAAGAAUUAUGAAAGUCAUUCUUCAAUCCUUGAUGACUUUUAUUUUUACGAAGAGCGGCAAAAAGCAAUGCAGGAAAGGAAGGCCAGGCAGCUAACUAGCCUAGUGGCUUCCGAUGAUUUAGUGUGUGAAGCAUCAAACCUCGUCUCACUCCCUAAUGAUAUCGUGAAGAAAAUGUCCAAGAGCUUUGCAGAAGUUCUUUUGUUAAACGAGAAUGAGCAAGCAGGCGGAGGAACUGGAAAGGUGCUCUCUGCUGCCUGUGGAGGCCAUGGUAGAUAGGUGCAACUACAAAUUUGGCCAACAAGGAAACAAAUAUGAUGGGUAGGGAAUGACAGUUUAUACCUUUAUACGCAUAUUACGAAAAGUGGGUUUAAAUCCAACCAAUGCCAUCUCUUACGUUGAUCUCGUGUUUGUUUCUUUAUUAUUUCCUGCCUCGCAAGUUUUGAGAAGGCACCUAGUUUGGGUUAUCUUGGUUUAUGGAUUUUAUUUGUUUAGAUUAGAUAGACAUAUUCUGCAGCAGUCCGUAAGAUAGACUUGGUUCAUAACUUUAUAUCGUAUGUAUACACUAUAUAUACCUCAGCUAAUAUAUCUAACUAAUUUUAUUCUUUACAAAAAGCAAAGGAAACUUACAAGGAGAAAUGGUGAAGUUGUAUGAAAAGGUUGGGAGUCUAAUUCUCUAGGAGCCUGUCUGUCUUUGUGUGUGGAUGGUGGGUACUAGGAUAGCAUUAUAGACUGGACUUGGGUGGGCUUCACCUCUAGUCCUUUGCUCUUUUUCUUUCUUCAAAUUUUAAACUUGCUGCGUUAGUUAUAAAGGAAAAUAUAAUAGAAAACAAAAAAUUGGUAGAAAAGGUCCCAACACUCCAAAAUGGGUAUGGUAAUUGUAGUUUGCACUCUGGGACUGGAAUGCGGUAUGUAGAGGUUCAGAACAGAUUAUUAGUAAAAUUAUGAGUAUAGCAAUAUAUUUUUAAUGCCUUCAAUCAUGUGUAGCGGUGGUGUCUUUGUGGUAUCGGCAUGUGAGGCAGUUCUUGUCCAGACAAGUGUGUUCACUGUUCAGUGUUCUGGCUUCACGGGCCUAAUGUCAGCCUCGAAAUCGUAUGAUAAUUGUUGGGUUUGAAUUAGUUUUGAAAACGUUAUGGUUAAUGUCUAAUAGUUUUUUUUUUUCCUCAAGAAUUGAGCCGAAUAUCAAAGUCAUUGGGCAGACCCAAAUCCAAUUUCAUCAAGGUGGAUUUUAAUUUUAUUUAAAGGGAGGGGUAAAUUGCAACCAAAAAAGAAGUUUACAAUUUAACACCCAUGUUUAGUUUUGUUUUCAUUUUGGUUACUAUGAUUCUAUUGACAAACGGAAUACCAACGGGCUGGCCAAAUCAGCUUUUUUUUUCCCACCAAAUCAUUCUUUUUUUAAUUUUCCACCAUCCUCCGAGUACAAGCAACUAAUACUCAACCUCGACACACUGCCUCCAUAGUCGUUUCUCCAUCAUUAAUCACCCUCAGCUCCACCUUCAACACCCACCAUUCCGCUCUCAUUCAAUCUUGCCUCAACCCUCAAUUUCCAUCUUCAAAACUUUUAUCAUACUCUACACCUAAAGUCAACCACUGCCAUACUCCACCAUCCCAACUAAAAAAACCUAAUAAUUCUUAUACCCAAACAACUUGCAGACCAAAACCUAAAUUAACCAACAACCAAAGGAAAAAAAAAACACCUAAGAAGCUCCUUGUUUUGGAAGCCCCAAAUCAUAAACUGAAAACCCCAAAAAGGUCAGAAACGAAAUAAACAAGCAAAAACAAAUGAAGCAUCUUAAGUUCGAAUAGCAAGAUCUAGGAGGUGGUUUGACGAUCUGAACAGUGAAAGAGUAGCUCCAACCAAAAGGAGCAACACACUUCGGAACCAAGCCAACCAGACAGCUGCCAGCGGCCGACUUGCAUUUUUGGCUUCGAACAUUUCUUGGGUUUUCGAAGGAUUCGGGCAUCUUUCAAGGAAAUCUAAACCAUAGGGACAGAAGUCUAUAGAUCGGCGAUCUCCGAUUGACACUCCGACGGUGGCGGUAGAUCUAACGGCGACUAGGGUUUAGAGUGAUUUAUAGUAAAAUGUUAGUGACUAAAAUUAGCAAAAAGAAAAAAGAAAAAGAGAUGUAUAUUAUACAAAUCCAAAAUAGAAAAUAAAAAAUAUGAUCUGGCCAACCACGUUGGAAUUCAA